AUGGCCUCGCACCUUGACCGCGACGCCGUCGAAUGGGCUACCGAAGAGGAGCGGCGGGCACGGCAGAAGAAGUACGACCAGGUGGCGCGCGACUACUACGACCUCACCCCGCCCAUCUUGGAGCAGGGAUGCAUGAUUGCAUACGAGAAGCUGUAUGCCAAGAUGGCCGGCCUCAAAAAGGGCAUGCGCGUUCUGGACCUCGGAUGCGGCGUGGGUGGCCCCGCGAGACACGUCGAGCGCGGUACUGCCAUGACCAAGAAGGCCGGGCUGGACCAUCCCAUUACGUUUGUCAAGGGCGACUAUAUGAAACUGCCGUUCCCCGACGAGUCCUUCGACGCCGCGUACUCCAUUGAGGCGCUGUGCUACGCCCCCAACCCGAUCCUCGCCUAUCGCGAGAUUGUGCGAGUGCUCAAGCCCGGCGAGCCCUUCACCCUGCACGACUUCGCCAUGACGGAGAAGUUCGACGAAAGCAACCCGGAGCACCGCAAGGUCCGCAACUGGAUCGAGUUAGGCAACGGCAUGACCAAGCUGCCGUGGGUGCCCACGAUGCGCGGGGCCCUCAAGGAGGCUGGCUUUGAACUCAUCCGUGAGGAAGACGUCUUCAAAAUGUGGAUGCCGUUCCGCAACAUUGUCCAGAACAUCUACCGGCUCCGGUACUACUUGGGCCUCGAGCCCAAGGAGUCGUCCUCACUCUUUGACAUGAUGUGGUACUGCCCCAAGGGCUGUGCCACAGGCGCCGCCAUGGGCAUCUUCACUCCCAUGUAUUUGUUCGUUUGCGAAAAGCCAGCAAAGAAGUAG